GGGUCCCUGAUCUCCUCGUCCGGGCAGCGAGGGAGCCCGCGUAGCUGAGGCACCGGCCACCAUGGCCGGGGUCAGCUACGCGGCGCCCUGGUGGGUGAACCUCUUGCAUCGACUGCCCCACUUCGACCUGCACUGGGAGGCCACUAGCAGCCGGUUCCGACCCGAGGACGCCGACUACCAGCAGGCACUGCUGCUUUUGGGGGCAGCCGCCCUGGCCUGCCUCGCCCUGGACCUCCUCUUCCUGCUCUUCUAUUCCUUCUGGCUGUGUUGCCGGAGGCGCAAGACUGACGAGCACCUCGAUGCUGACUGCUGCUGCACAGCCUGGUGCGUCAUCAUUGCCACGCUGGUUUGCAGCGCGGGCAUCGCAGUAGGAUUCUACGGCAAUGGGGAGACCAGCGACGGCAUCCAUCGGGCUACCUACUCACUCCGCCAUGCAAACCGCACAGUGGCUGGAGUGCAGGACCGCGUGUGGGACACAGGAGUCGCCCUGAACCGCACGGCAGAGCCCAGCCUGCAGAGCCUGGAGCGACAGCUGGCUGGGAAACCAGAGCCCCUGCGGGCUAUCCAGCGGCUUCAGGGCCUUCUGGAGACCCUGCUGGGCUACACUGAGGCCAUCCCCUUCUGGAGGAACCCAGGCGUGUCCCUAGAGAUGCUGGCUGAGCAGGUGGACCUCUACGACUGGUACAGAUGGCUUGGCUACUUGGGGCUGCUGCUGUUUGACGUCAUUAUCUGCCUCUUGGUGCUAGUGGGCCUCAUCCGAAGCUCCAAGGGCAUCCUGAUUGGGGUCUGCUUACUGGGAGUGCUGGCCCUGGUCAUCAGCUGGGGUGCUCUAGGCUUGGAGCUAGCUGUGUCUGUGGGUUCCAGCGAUUUCUGUGUGGACCCUGAUACCUAUGUGACCAAGAUGGUGGAGGAGCACUCCGUGUUGAAUGGGGACAUUUUGCAGUACUACCUGGCCUGUUCACCCUAUGCUGCCAACCCCUUCCAGCAGAAACUGUCAGGCAGCCACAAGGCACUGGUGGAGAUGCAGGACAUUGUGGCCGAGCUUCUGAGGACCACCCCACGGGAGCACCCUGCCACCAAGGAUCCCCUGCUCCAUGUCCAGGAGGUGCUGAACGGCACAGAGGUGAAUCUGCAGCACCUCACUGCCCUGGUGGACUGCCGCAGCCUGCACCUGGACUACGUGCAGGCACUGACAGGCUUGUGCUACGACGGCAUCGAGGGCCUCAUCUACCUGGCCCUCUUCUCCUUCGUCACAGCCCUCAUGUUCAGUUCCAUCGUCUGCAGUGUCCCACACACCUGGCAGCAGAAGAGGGGCCCAGAUGAGGAUGGGGAAGAGGAGGCUGCCCCAGGGCCUCGGCAGGCACAUGACAGCCUAUACCGUGUGCACAUGCCCAGUUUAUAUAGUUGCGGCAGCAGUUAUGGCAGUGAGACCAGCAUCCCAGCCGCGGCCCACACAGUCAGCAAUGCCCCGGUCACUGAGUACAUGAGCCAGAAUGCCAAUUUCCAGAAUCCCCGCUGUGAGAACACCCCCCUCAUUGGACGCGAGUCCCCACCGCCCUCAUACUCCUCCAGCAUGAGAGCCAAAUACCUCGCCACGAGCCAGCCUCGCCCUGACUCCAGCGGCAGCGGGCACUAGACUGCGCACCGACCAGCCACCUGCCCCACGUGCCAUCCCCCCCAGGCCAGCACUGCUGCUUCUACCCUGCGGUUACCUGCUAGGCCCUCCAAAUGCCAGCCUGGUCCUCUGCAGCCCCUCCCUCUCCUCUCCUCUCUGCAGGGGCGUGGAAAUGCCCACCCCAGCCCAGUCAUAUAUCUGGACAGAUACUGCCACCACCCUGGCCUUGCCUGGCCCCUGCUCCCUCAUCUCACUGUCCCCUCGGACUGACUGAACCCUGCUCUGUGCCAGGAGCUCCUGUCCUGACAUGCUCGCUCCGCAGAUGGCCCUCCCGACUGUCUGCUGUACCCAUCCCGGCUCCCCAGACCACUCCUUCCCUUCCACAGUGCUGAGCCUUCCUGGCACCUCCCUCUCCACACUUCCAUGGAUCACUCUUAGUUCACAGGCAAGGCAGUGCAGCAGCCCUUCUGCCUGGUGUUGCUGGCCACUGAGGGAUGGGUGCUCUCUACACAUGGGACCCUCCACACGCCUCUCUCUCUACAGCUUCUGGCACCAGCCCUCUCGUUCACACCACUGCCCUGAGCACAGCCUCUCUCCAAGGAGAGCUUUCUUCUGCCUCCUGCCCAGCAUUGCUUUCUCCCACAGUGCCACCCCUUCCCAAGGCACCCAACCCUCCCAUGGAUAACAGGUGCCACACAGAGCCCAGGUCACUUGCUGGCCUCUCGGUGCUGGCCACCUUCUUGGUGCCAAACUCCCUCCCUACACCCAAAAGACUUGGCAGCUUCCUCUGGUUUGUUUUUUGCACUAACCAUAUUUGUCAUCUCUAGGGCAGGCUGGGGCGGCAGGCUGAGCAGUACCACUGCCCCGGUCCUCCCCCAGUUCCACCCAGGACAGAUGCUGUGUCCCUGGAGCCCAGCCUCAGGGGCUGGGACUGAGCCAGCUGUGAAUGUGCACCCAGCCCCUGCCGCCCUUCUUGGGACUAACCACUAACCUCACUCCCAGCCUCCACGGGUGCCCCUGGCCAGCCCAGAGCCAGCAAGUGUGACCCAAGUCCAGCCUGGAUCUGAGGCCCAGGAUGGGCCAGCUGGAGCCAGGGCUGGAGUAGCAGUUUCUUCCUGGGGUGCUGCUGGGGACAGGCUGCAGACCCAACAGGCAGCUCAGAGAGCUUGGUGACCCCUCCCUUCCCUGGGCAGGUGCCGUCCCAGGAGGAUCCUGUCCCCAGGGCCAUGGGCUCAGGUUGCCAUGACUUUGGUCUCCCUACCUGUGAAGCGGGAACAAGGCUUCCCGAUGGUGCUUUUGGCUUUGGUGUAUGAUGUUUGCUGUGCUUCCUGCAGUGAGGCGUAUAGAACCAGCCCCAAAUUGGGACCUUGAGGUUCUGACCCUUCUGGCCUGGCCAGUCCACAAGAUAUGGUCUGGUUUGGGCUCUGGCCAUGUGUCAAUGCCAGGGCAGCCAGAGGGCCACUGGGCAGCAUGGCAGGGCCAAACGGACCUGUGGUUCUCCCUCUUGGAGCAGUAGGCAGCUGCCUGCCCAGAACCACCCACCCCUCCUGGGGUGACCUUUAUCCUUCCCUACCCCUGAAACCCUUCUUCAUGCUGGUGUCUGGGACCAAAAGGGGAUGGGCAGGGGAAAUAGCAGACCUAGGACUCUCAGCCUAGGCAUCAGAGCCCCCCAGUUUUGUCAUACUCAACGGAGGGGACUCUUGCUCUAGAUUGGGGGCCACGGAAGCUGGCCACAGCCAACCUGCUCAGCCUGCCACAGGUGCAUUCCUGGCCAUGGGUCCAGAGGGCAGUGCCUGCCAUGUGCUCCAGGACCGCUUAGAAGCACAAGCGCUGCCAGCGGCCAAGAGCCACCCACAAGGUGAAUGUACAUAGCAUGAGAGGCAGGCACUGCCCGGAUGUGGCCGUGAACCUGUGCUGUGGAAGUCCUGCCGUCGUGUGUAUGUGAGUGUGUGUGAGUGUGUGUGUGUGUGCGUGCAUGUGCGCAUGUGUGCCCUGUGACUUCACCCGAGGCUGAAGAAAGGAAAGGGGGAAGUCAAGAGGGGUUCACUCCCAGACUUCAGUGGCUCCUGCCCUUGGUUUCUUUCUGUUCUGAGUUUUUGGUGCCCCUUUCCUGACCACCCUGCCCAGCCACAUCACCACAUUUCUUAGGGUGCCAGGCCAGGGACACCUGCCACUCCCACUCUGCCCUCCUGGACUCUGGAGCAUGGGUGAGGACUUGACCACAUGGAGAGUAGGAGGCUGUGGGGUGUUGGCCAUGUCUGACCCCAGGGCUCUUCCAGGCUUUCGGGAGGGUCCAUGGGGUUCCUCUGGUGUCCAGCCCCAGUCUCCCAAACAAGGUGAGGUUGGGUAGUGGGAGGGCCUGACUGGGAGCACCCUGACCCUCCUGACACCCACCCCAUUUCACUAUGCAAUUCCAGGUCCCUACCAUUGCCCUCCCUACCCAGGUCCUAGCUCUGCCCAGCCCAGAGGGAUCAGUUGGCAGCCCCUGGGGCCCAGGGAUCAGGGCAGUUUGUGUGGGCUUCUUUGUGUUUAGCCACGAUGCUUGUGAUUGCCCCUAUUUGUUUUAUGUAUGAUUUUGUUAAACCCUCCCCCCGAAUCUUGCCCCGUGUACCUUAACACCAGAGCUGCACCGGGCUGCACCCCUCAGCCUCCGUAAGCCUGUGGCUGUGUGUCCUGUUGCUGUUUUUG